AUGAUUUCUAUUUAAUAGGGAGAUAGAUUAGAGUGCUUUAAGAUUGAUAAUCACUUCAUAGGAACUUUAACAUUAUUAAAUAAUUAUCCUUCUCAGUAUUGAGUAUUUCUUAAUUAUAGCCAUUGUGGUUUCAAGAUAAGAACCAACAAUACUCAAGACAUUCAGGUGUUGCCUUAUAUCGGUUCCUUUAAGGGAUAAAAUUGCAAAAUUACAGUAAAAUGCGUAAAGUUCUAAAGUAAGCAGUAUUAUUGAUGAUGAAGGAAAUGCGAAAUUGUAAAUCUUGAUAGCUGAUAUAAAUGAUCAAAACUUCAAUAAGACUGACCCUAAGUCGUUGGCAUAAUACUUUGAGGCAAACAGUAAUAACCCAAAAGUAGAAAAAAUUAAAAUUGAGAUUGUUACUAUUGAUUAAAAUUUAUUAAUAAAGUAAUCAAGUAUCAUCAACUAAUCAGCUUCUUAAUUUAGAUAUUACGAAGAUCAAAUGUAUGUAAAGGAAGAGGUUACAUAUGAAUAAACUGGCCAUCUAAUGAGAACUGGAUAAGGAUAAUAAUAAUAAUAAUUAAUAUAAGAUGCAUCUUAAUAGAGUAGUGGAGUAUUGGAGGAUGACCAAAGAUAGUUUAUUACGUAACCAACGUUUUAGAUACAAUAUCAAACCUUUUCAAAACAAUCCUCAGGUUCUUAAAAUAAUAUCUUGAAUGGUUAAAAUCAAAAGUAAUAAACACAUUCUUAUUAACCUUAAAAAUAGAAUGGUUUUAAAUAUGAAAUUGAUGAAGAUCCUUAGAUAAAAUUGUUGAACUCACGAAUCUUAUAAUUGUAAAAUGAACUCGAGAAAUCAGAAGCUGAAAAAAAGAGUUUAGAAUAGUAAAAGCACUCACUCUUAAAUAAUUAUUAAGAAAAAGAUUCGUAAAUCUUUGUUUCUAUCCAACAUGUUUUUUUCUCCGCAAUCUUUUGUUUUCUAUUAGGGUAUGUAACCGCAAGUUGA